AUGAAGCUCUCUAUCGCUCUAUCUCUCCUUGGUUGCUCCUUCUUCUUCAAUGAAGUAGAAGCUGCGCGUCCGCAAAAUCCUGGCAACCAAGGCAAUGGCAAUGGCAAUGGCAACCAAGGCAAUGGCAAUGGCAAUGGCAACCAAGUUACUGACAACCAAGGCAACGCCGCUUGUGGCAACAACAAGAGCUACCUCUGUCACCAUGAUGAGGGCACAAACGCCUACAAGACCCUGUGCAUUUCAGAUAAUGCGAUCAACGCUCAACUUAGGAGUAACGAGCGAAACUACCUAGGGCAAUGCAUCGGCGAUUUGUUCUUGGAACGAGCCGUUUUCAUGGACUUGGAGCCGAUGGAGGGAGUAGAAGAGAUUGAUGGCGACGAUGGUGUAUCCUAUCAAGUCACUUACAAUGUCACCAUGCUCGAGGAAGGCAUCGUUUCGCUCGGCGCGGCUGCGGACUUGAUCACUAGCGUGACAUGCUUCAACGAUACAAUUAACGUUGAAUUCAAGCAGAUCCCGUCCCCUGACCAGAUCGAGUUCAUGUUUCCUGAUUUCGCCUUGGUUGUGUUUGAUGGUAACACUUUCCCAGACAUGGAGUGCAAGCUCCCAAACCAAGACGAAGACCCUGAUUUGAAUAGCUCUUUCUUCCUUAUUGCAGGAGUCGAAGCCGCCGAAGACAAGACCGUCACUGUCAGGGGAUUGCCAGCCAGCUUUCACCACAUGUUCGACAACCAAGACCUUCUAUUUACACCAAUCGAGGCGCGCAGGAACCUUCGCAACCUCCGCUUGGCCGAAUUUGACAUUAGCAAGAGCUUCGAUGGCUCGUUUCAGAUUCCAGAAGGCGACGACGAGAAGGUCCAACUAUCUGCAUAUGCAAAGGCCAGCAUCGACGCCAGCUCCAACGGUCUUUAUUUCAAAACCGCACUAAGAAAGCAGAAGUGCAAGCGAAGGGGAUGGUUGCGCCGCUUGAGAUGCCUCGUCGAUUACAAGCUGGAGGUGGACAGCAGCUAUAGCGCUGCAUUCGACCUGACUGCGUACCUGAAAGCAAGCUUUGUUGCCAAAGACAGUUUGGAACUACUCAACGGGGACAAUAGAUUCCCCUUCCUGUCGUUCCCGAUUUAUGGCUUGGGAUUCAAAUUGCCUCGGUGGAUUGCAAGUGUAGUCAAGAAGAUCAUCCCUGGAAUUCAACGAGAGUACUACCUUGGAGUUAAAGCAGAUAUUCCAGCUGUCAUAAAAUAUGGGCUGAACGUCGACUAUGAUGUGAAGAUAGAUGCCGAGGCCAGCAUCGCCACCGGGAAGAAGGAAGUUGUUUGGGCGUUGAACGGCGUUGUCUUUGGAGGCCUGGACUCAACCUUCGAUGUAAACGAACUCGAGCCAUCAAAGUCUUCCGACAUCAAGUUCGCAACCGACCUUGAUACAGAUAUUAAUGUCAAGGUCGAGGGUAUUCUUUCCGGAGGUCUUGAACCUCAGAUUGUCGUCGAUAUCAUUGGCUUGGCAACAGGGAUCGUCGGUCUAUUCACUGGCUUUGACCUCGAAGGGGAGUUCAACACGGCCCCAAUGGAGCCUGUCGUAUCUGAGUCUGGAUUUCCCUUCAUCUUCAACUGUGAAGAAUGCCAUCUGGCCGCAUUGAAGUUUGAAGCGACUGCCAAAAACCCUUUCUUUAGGUGGAAGCUUAUCGGAAAAGACGAAGAAAACAAACCUUUAUUUGGCGACUGGAGCUUGGACUUUUUGAUUGCCCAGCUCUGUCUACUCAACGCAGAGGAGAAGACCUGCGAUGACAGCUGCUGCGGCAACAGGGAGGUUUGCAUUCUCGAUGCCCUUUCCAACGAAGGCAGCUGUUGCAAUACCGAAGCAGUUGGAGCACAGUGUUGCCGCGACGAAGAUUGUGGCAAUGGAGCCACACACUAUUGCGAUGGUGAUCAACAGUGCGUCCUCCGCAAUUGCGACGCCGCCAACGCCGACAUCGAAUGCUGUGCCAGCAGCGACUGCAACUCAGGAACUCAGCUCUGUGUUUCCAAUAUUUGCAUCGAACAGGGCAACCCAGGUUUCGCUCUGAGCUGGUGCGGAAGAGACGAUCUCGAUCUCCAUGUCAUCACUCCGGCUGGUGACGAGAUUGAUUAUCAGAACACAAUCGAUCAAUUGACUGGAGGGAACCUAGACAAGGAUGACAUUCCACAAGAGGAAGGAUGUUAUGUUGAAAACAUUGUGUUCCCCUCUGGCGCGCCGAAAGGAGACUAUGUCUUCUUUGUGGACAGCUACACCCAAAUUCUGGGAGCCGACAAUUGGACUGUCCGUGUUUAUCUUGGAGACCAGGAACAAGCUGUCCAGUCAGGAACAGAAGACAGUGAGCGAUUUGUCUACACCUUGGCGUAA